CAGAGGAGGGUCAGUCGGAUUCAUUGUCUCUCUGUCGUCAGCCUUAAUUUCGAAAAAUGACUAAAUUACAAAUUUUAAAUGCAUAUUUGACGGAGCGCUUAAUGGUCGCUGUGCGGGAGAUACUGGAGGUAGUGGGAGAGACAGUGUCGGAAUACCAGGAGGAAACUGCACGAAUACACAGAGAGAACGAGAGCCUGAGACGGAAGCUCCGGGAAGUGGUGCUCGAGGCUGAGACAGCCUGGGCUGGGGCGGCUCACCCGCGGUCUCUCUCAGUCUCUGAGGGAAGGUCUCCCGUUAACCACCAGCACUAUGAGCAGGAGUGGAGCUGCAGUCUGAGGGAGGACAUGGUGAAUGAAGAGAAACAGGUGCUGUCUGAGCAACAGAGGGCCAGACACAGGGAAGAGGAGCUAGGUGGAAUGGAGCCGGUUUGUAUGGCAGAGCCGGUGUCAGAGCCCGAGUGUGUUACACCAGGACUGAAGAAGCUGGCUUUGGAAAUAGCCCUGUCUGUGGUCUCACCUUCUUUGACUGGAAAUCCUGAACUGAGCGCAGUCCACAUGGCAGAUGACACAGGCACCAGGUCACAGUCGUGCAACUCUUCGGAGCUUGGUUCUUCACCGAGUCUGAGACCUGCCCAAGUUAAAACAGAGCCGGAGGAGGUGGACUUCAAGUCUGAACAGCCCCCUGAAUUGAGUCCAAUCCCCAAAGCAAAGCAUGACACUAAUGAGACUCUGUGUGAAGCAAGCGUGAGUAAAGCGUCUGAGAUCCGUGGAGCUGGAGCAGGACACAGUGAAGACCAUGAAACACAAGAGAAUGAGGCCAGGAUGAGUGAGGACCAAAAUGAUAAUUGUUUUAUUAGUUACAGAGGAGAGAAACAGCAUUGCUGUUUACAGUGCGGGAAGUUCUUCAGUCAAGUCUGUAAUCUUAAAACGCAUUUACAAAUUCAUACAGGUGAGAGACCAUACACCUGUACCUGGUGUGGCAAGUCCUUCACUCAGUCAGCAGACUUAAGACGUCACCAGCGUAUCCAUACUGGAGAGAAGCCACACCGCUGCACCUGGUGUGAAAAGAGUUUCACUCAGAUAGGAAACCUUAAAAGACACCUGCGAAUUCACACAGGAGAAAGGCCAUACUGCUGCACCCUUUGUGGCAAGACUUUCAAUGACGGAGAUACGCUUAAAAAACAUAAAAGGAUUCAUACAGGAGAAAGACCAUUCCACUGCAUACAUUGUUCAAAGACUUUCACUGUGGCAAGCAGCCUGCAGAAUCAUCUCAGAAAUCAUUUGAGAGAGUGUAAACAAUAGCAUAUGAAUAGAGAGGACUCAUGUCCUCCCUGAUGUAUUGCUAUUGUAAUGUUUACAUGCUUGCAUGAAUCGAAUUAAACUG